AUGACGGACAAUAACCAAGGCUGCAAAAUUACCCUUUACUGGCUCGAGCAAUCUCGAAGCCACCGCAUUCUCUGGCUCCUGGAGGAGCUCCAGCUGCAGUAUGAGCUGAAGACCUUCAAGCGUCGCGCAGACAAGCUUGCGCCCAAGGAGCUGAAGGAGGUGCACCCGCUCGGAAAGUCACCUAUUGUCACGAUCGAGGCGCCGGGCGCCUCGGAGCCUCUGGUGCUGGCCGAGUCGGGGGCGAUUGUGGAGUACCUGGUCGAUCACUUUGGCAAGACUAAGCCUACUCUGGUUCCAGAGCGCUACGUCGCAGGUCGCGAGGGCCAAGUUGGGGGUGAGACCGAGGAGUGGAUGCGAUACCGCUAUUUCAUGCACUACGUAGAAGGCUCGCUCAUGCCGUUCCUGGUGAUGACCCUGGUCAAUGAUACUAUCCGAAAUUCUCCACCCUUCUUCGUGCGCCCCAUCACCAGCAUUGUGGCCUCGCAGGUCGAGUCGAACUUCCUCACUCGCAACGUCGAGGGGAAUCUGGAGUUCCUUGAGGAGCGGUUGAAGACGGCGCCGGAUGGUGGCCCCUUCAUCUGCGGCAAGAACUUGACGGCUGCUGAUAUUUUGCUGAGUUUCCCGGUGAUCGCAGCGGGCGGACGUGUCUUGAAGGACAAGAAGCAGCGCGAUAAGUACCCUCUUUUGGCUGCCUACGCUCAGCGUUUGGAGGGAGAGGACGGCUACAAGGCGGCUGUGAAGAAGAUUGAGCAGAUCGAGGGCAAGUUCUCUGCCUCCAUGUAA